AUGGUCACCAAAGUUCCUAGCCUUGUCAAAAAGGUUUUUGACACUUUCCCACUAAAAGUGUACUCAUCAGAUGAGGAUGCAGAUCAAUUGGAAUUUGAUGAGUCUUAUUUUGAACUUAGAAGGUUUAGUUUCCAGUCUACUGGAGUAAGUGCAGUUGCAAAGUUUCAACUUGGAGUUUACUCUUUGAGCCCCUGUAUUUACGACAGCUCUAUACUUCUUCCGGUGGACCCGUUGUGUUUGUCGACAUGUCUAAUCAUGUGUGUCAAGAAUGGUCUCAAGCUUCCUCAAAUUGGCGGAGAACAUGGUAGGGAGACCAGUAUGGUGGUAAUGGCGUACCAAGCAUCUCCCGACUCAGAACUCCCCUUACUAGUCGAGGACGACCUCAAUGGACAGAAAAGAGUAGUACGUCCCUAUCAGACAGUUAAAGAUUUUCAAGAUUCCAGAGCCAAUAAUGUAAAAGAAACUAUGUUAAUUGAGCUAAUUGACGGAGUGCUAUUUGAUGCGUGGCUGGUAAUGGUUAUUUUUGAGCUUCCUAAAGAAUUGACAGUGCAAUUAUAUGGGUUAGUAGAUAAAGAGGAUCCGGUUGUAUUAUCACACGAUAUUGGCAUUUCCUGGCUAGACUCUCUGAGAUACUCCAGGAUAUUGAACUCCUCCAUUAGAAGAAACGGCUUUCAAUUGAGACACCCUAAUAUUGCUCAAUAUUUGGGGUCACUUACGGAUAGAUACUCAGGCUUAUCGUCUAAGAUGGAGUUUGAGAGGAAAAGAAUCAUAGACAGGGCCUGCCAUAUUAUCAAUCAGUUCGAAGGUAUACUGAACGAGGCCAGAGAUGUGUCACUAGGCUCGGUUGUGGACUACAAACUGGCUGCAUUCACAUACUGCAUUCUCCACCUGGGACGAGGUGACCUCAGCCAGGCUGUCAAAAUCAGCAACAGUUUGAAAUCCCACUGCCAAAGGGUAAUAAAUGAAUGUAUAUAG